UUACUGUACAAAAUGAAGGAGGAGAAAGACUGGAGAUCUCAAACUGUGUCAAAGAAGCAGAAUACAGUGACUCUGACUGAUCUCAGACCAGAUACUGAGUACAGUAUUAAAUGUGCAGCAGUGGGCAAACUCAACUACACCGUAGACAGUGAUGUGACGCGUCUCACAAUCAUAAAUCAGAAUCUCAUCAAAGCCAAAGAGUCUGUGAUUGAAAAUCUUAGUUGGACUGAAAACAAGUGCAGUGUAAUUUUAGAAAUCAGCAAGGAGACAACUUUUACUGCACUUUAUAAGAAAAUACAAGAUAUGCAGCAAAACUGCCAAACGUACAAACAAGAUUUCAGCGACCGAAUUGAAUCUGUGAUCCAGUCAGUUAAAGCUUGUGAGAAAGAGUCUAGUGCUCUGGUGGAUCUUCUACAAGCACAUAAAGAUUCUCCAUUUAAUGAAAAGAGUCUAAAAGAGUGGAUCACAGUGAAAGAAGCAGAAUUGAACACAGUUAAUGAGUUCCUUAAGCUGUUACUGGAUCUUGGAGCCGAAGUGAAUGUGAGAUUGAACUCAUAUUUGUCAGAUAUUCAGGCGGAAAAUGUCUUUUGUUACACUUUCAGUUCUCUUGAGCAGCCAGAUGAGUUACUUAUUGAGCAAGAAAAUUAUAUGAAUCCUCAAAUAAUGAGAAAUCCACAGAAAACACCUGAUGUAGCAUCUCAAACGUGGCUCACUGGAAGCAUCAGGGAGAAGAUGAGAGAACAUUUGAAAAUAUUUAAAGAUCUGAUGACAUCACAUAGCAGUCAAAACUCUAGAUUUAUGGUUUUCAUAAAAAAACAUGAAAAACAUCCAGGUUCCUGCAUUCUUCUGUAUAAAAAUGGAUGCAAUGAAUCGGUUUGCUUCACUUCUCCAUCAAAACCAGAAAGCCCAGUCAUUAAAGAUGUCAGAUAUAGGCAAGUGGAUCUGAAAGUGUCUCCUCCGUGUCCUGCUACAGAGGAGCUCAAAUUACUGUACAAAAUGAAGGAGGAGAAGGACUGGAGAUCUCAAACUGUGUCAAAGAAGCAGAAUACAGUGACUCUGACUGAUCUCAGACCAGAUACUGAGUACAGUAUUAAAUGUGCAGCAGUGGGCAAACUCAACUACAUCACUGAAUCUGAUGUCACCACGGUUAUCACAAAGGACAAAAAUGAACUCAUCAAAAAAAGCAUCUUAAUUUAUGAUGGAAAUCCUGCUCUAUACCAUCUGCAAAUUUGGACAGACAAUUUGGAUCGAUCAAAACCAUACAGAAAAAUGACCUUUGGGGAGAGAGACAAAAACAAACUUCAUAAAAGCAUUCUGAUGGCUGGAGAAACAGGAACAGGAAAAACAACCCUGAUCAAUGCAAUGAUCAACUACAUGUUGGGUGUUCAGAGAGAAGACAAGGUUUGGUUUGAGAUCACAGAUGAUCAGAGCGACCGAACAUCAGUUUACAGUCAGACCUCCAGCGUCACUGUUUAUGGGUUUUAUCUACAAGAGAGUCUAAUUGAUUUAACAAUCAUCGACACACCAGGAUAUGGAGACACACGUGGAACUGAGCUUGAUAAAGAGAUCGCUGUGAGUUUGCACAGCUUAAGUAAAUCUGAAGAAGUGAUUCAUGAAAUACAUGCAGUAUGUCUGGUGAUUAUGGCACAUCAAAAUCGACUCUCUGACAGACAAAUCUACAUAUUUGAUACUGUUCAGUCUUUAUUUGGAAGAGAUAUCACUGAAAACACUGUCUUGCUCCUCACACACUCAGAUGGGAUGCCACCUAAACAUACCCUGACGGCUGUUAAAGAGGCUAAAAUCAAGUGUGCAGUGAAUGACAAGAAUCAGCCAGUGUUUUUCCUGUUUAACAAUCGGCAGUCAGACUCUGAUGAAGAAGAAUAUGAAAUGAUACAAGAACAAUCAUGGAAUCUCAGUUUUAGAGGAAUGACACGUUUUUUCAAGUUUCUUGGAAACAUAAAACCAAAACCACUGAAGAUAACUUGAGAUGUGUUACAACAACGGAAGCAGUUGGAGUGUCAGUUGAUGAUCAUGUAUUAAAAUGAACAAAAAUGAGCUGAAACAAAGGGAAGAAAUGUAUUAAAGGAAUAAUAAGUGCUGCAGUAUAAAUUAAAUCACUUUUGUCACUUAGUGGUGAUGUACAGGGUACACUGCUAUUUUCUGAAAACAUCAAGAAGAGAGAGAAGAAAACAGAGUUUUGGGAUACAUUUUUCUUUUUUAAAUGUUGAAAAAUUAUUAAAAGCAAUGCCUUAGAGCCUGCUGAAACUUUGAAAAUA